AUGAAGAACGUGUCGAAUUGCUGCAGAAGCGUUGCUCUGAACUGGAAGAAACUCUUUCACAUUCGCUGCUGCAAGAAGAAAAAGCGAAAAUGGCUUCGCAGCAAGCGCAACUGGAAUAUAGUAUGAAGGAAAGUGGCCUGAAAAAAGAGUUAGCUAAUCUUACUAAAGAGCUUGAAGAGCUUACAUCGAAAGUGGAGACUUUGGAGCGUAAAAAUAAGGUAUUAGAAGAGAAGCUGCGUACAAAAGCUGAAGAGAAAGCGCAAAGUUGUAUCGGCGGCGAUAAUAUGACUCAAACUGGAGGUGAGACACAGCGCAUAGUUUCGCUUUCGGCAGCAACGUUUUCGCCUCAUGAACUAGCCCGCCAGCAAUCGUUAGAGCAUUCCCGUCGCUCACAGUCACCGGCAAUGAGUUUUGAGCGAAAUUCGCCAGAGGAAACAAUAGAAG